UGCAAAGAGAAAGUAUAGGUACCUUAAAAAACCAAACACACGAUGAAAGUAUUCGGACUACUUUUGUCGUUUUUCUGUUUUUCGAGUAGCUUUGAGUUUGAAAAAUUAGAUACGGAAUGGUGGAAGAACACAAUAAUUUACGAAUUAAUUCCGUAUACGUUCAAAGACAGCGAUGGAGAUGGUAUUGGUGAUUUGAAAGGAAUCACGUCGAAAUUGGAUCAUUUUGUUGAUUUAGGAAUAGAAACGAUUCAUUUAACACCAAUGUAUAAAACAACGUUGAAAGAUAUGGGAUACGAUGUAUCGGAUUAUUAUGCUAUUGAACCAAAACUUGGCACAAUGGAUGACUUUGAUGAACUUGUUAGAGAAAUGAAAAAAAGAAAGAUGAAGUUGAUAUUAGAUUUAGUCAUCAAUCACAGCGGCUAUGAACACGAAUGGUUCCAGAAGUCUAUCGACAGAAUUCAUCCGUAUACUAAUUUUUACGUUUGGAGGAAUCCUAAAUAUCUUGGUGGGCAAAAAAUACCUCCUAAUAACUGGAGGAGCAUAUUUUCUCUUGGUACUCCGGGUUCGGGUUGGACAUGGAAUGAUAAACGCAAGCAAUAUUAUUUUCACCAGUUUUUACCAGAGCAACCAGAUUUUGAUUUGAAUCACAAAAUAUUAAAGAAUGAACUGAAAAAAAUGAUAAAAUUUUGGCUCGACAAAGGCGUGGCUGGAUUUAGGCUAGAUGCUUCUCCUUUCUACUUCGAGGAUAAAUCAUUUCUAGAUGAUGGUUACGAAGAUCGACAAAUGAAUCAACCAGAAGUUUUACAAUUUAUUCAUGAAUUUAGAUUAUUCUUAGACCAAUAUAACCAAAGAAAAGGUGGACCUGAAAGAAUAUUUAUUGCGGAGGUGCACUCUGAAAGUAAUACUGUGGUGCAGUAUUAUGGCAAACCUGAUUACCGAAUCACACACUUUCCUUAUACUUUCUUAUUUGAACAUUUCCAUGCGCCCACAACUGCUACAACUUUACAGUCUGAUAUCGAAAAAUGGAUGAAUAUUCUACCAGAAGGAGCAGUAUCCGCGUGGAUGACACAAGAUCACGACGGCGCAAGAGUAGGAUCCCGAAUUAUACCAGAAUAUGGCGAUAUUUUCACAAUGAUAACAAUGACACUACCUGGUACGGUGGGUGUGUAUUAUGGGCAAGAAAUUUCCAUGGAAAAUGGCUUCAUUACACGAAAUCAAAUUAGAGAUUUUUCUGGAGGUGGGUCCAGAGAUCCUGCCAGACUUUUAAUGCAAUGGGAUGACUCUACAAAUGCUGGAUUUUCAAGUAACAGUAAACCAUAUCUUCCGCCAAAUUCAGAUUAUUUCCAAAAAAAUGUUGAAGAUCAAAAAACAGAAGUUGUUAGCCAUUAUAACAUGUUCAAAGAUGUAUCCAUUUUGAGACAUACGGAUGCUUUUAAAAUAGGAAAAUUCAGCCAUUAUGCAAUCUCCGAUCAUAUAUAUGUUAUUAUAAGAUCGCAUGAACACCACGUAUUUACAUUAGUUGUGAACUUUGAUACGGCGGUCACUCCUAUUAAUUUAACAAACAUACUGAAAAAUCCCCCAAACAGGAUUGUAAUGGCAGCAACCUCGACAAAUGCGGGAUAUUUAACAGGAUUCAUUUUAGAGCCGAACUCAGAGUCUGCGAAUGAAUUCCAUAUGAGACCACUAUCCGCCGUGUUGUUCGAGACAAUCCAUCCUUCACUCUGAACUAAAGAGCAUGGAGAAUAGGUACGCCUGCACAAUCCUGAAUGCAUCACACCAAGAUAGUCAAACAUGACUUACUUAUUACUGACCACAAUUUAUAGAACGAAGCAUCUCCAUAAAGAUUACUACGUAUUAAAAGACAUGAAAUCAAUUAGGUAGAAUAUACAUUUUGUCAUUGAUUCAGUUGUAAUUUAUCUUAUCUGUUACCAACUCAAAGUUGUAAAAGUUUCAACCUAAGAUUGCAAUUGCGAAAUGGAAUUUCGUUUAAAAAAAUCGCUUCAACUGAUGACCCAUCGAUCGACGACAACUCAAUUUCAACGAAUACAAUUGAACUGUUCA